AUGUUACGAUCUACAAAUGGUUUAUUUUUAAUAAACAAAGUUAAGGGUGCUGCAUUCCACUUCAGGUAUUCAUCAAUUAGCACUGAAUGUGAACCUGAAAAACCAUGCAUACGAACUCCUGUUCCCGGACCGAAAACACAACAACUUUUUAAAGAACUGAACUCACUACAGCAAGCAGGUGCAGUGCAACUGUUCGCCGAUUAUGACAAAUGCAUUGGAAACUACUUCGUUGAUGCCGACGGUAACACGUUUCUUGAUGCUUUCACUCAAAUAUCGUCUAUACCUAUUGGGUACAACCAUCCAAAGUUGAUGAACAUUUUUAACGAUCAGCAUAACUUGAAACAACUGAUCAAUCGACCGGCAAUAGGAGUCUUUCCCUCUUCAAACUGGCCCGAAAUGUUGAAGAGUGUGUUGAUGUCGGUGGCGCCUCGUGGCCUUAAUUGCAUAGCGACCAUGAUGUGCGGUUCUUGUUCCAACGAAAACGCAUACAAAACUGCCCUCAUGUGGUACCGCACCAAGGAACGCGGGGGAAAGACAGAUUUUACAACGGAUGAAAUGGAGUCAUGUAUGAUGAACCAGCCUCCGGGAGCCCCUGAUCUCUCUAUUAUGUCGUUUAAUGGCGGUUUUCACGGCCGCACAUUUGGCGCUUUGUCCACUACCCGAUCAAAGCCCAUUCAUAAGCUGGACUGUCCAGCAUUCGAUUGGCCAAUGGCGCCUUUUCCGAAAUACAAAUACCCGUUAGAUCAGAACGAACGUGAAAAUUGUGAAGAGGAUAAAAAAUGUUUAGAGCAAGUGGAAGAUAUAAUAGAGAAGUACAAGAAGUGCAAACCAGUAGCCGCGAUCGUCGUGGAACCAAUUCAAGCAGAGGGCGGUGACAACCAUGCGUCAUCCGAAUUCUUCAGGAAUCUACAGAAAAUAUGCAAAAAGAACGGCGUUGCGUUCAUCAUAGACGAAGUGCAAACAGGCUGCGGGCCCACUGGCAAGAUGUGGUGCCACGAGCACUUCGACCUACCCACGCCUCCCGACAUCGUCACCUUCAGCAAGAAGAUGCUCACUGGAGGCUUCUAUUUCAGCGAGAGUUUCAUGCCCCCACAGGCGUACAGAGUCUUCAACACAUGGAUGGGAGACCCGGGCAAGAUGAUCCUGCUUAAGCAAGUGCUAUCAGUCAUUAAAGAGGACAACCUAAUUUGUUCGACUCAGGACACCGGCAAUUAUUUGAAGGAGGGUCUCCAUAAACUAGAGAACGAGAUGUCGCACGUAAUCAGCAGUGUACGAGGUCUUGGCACAUUCAUAGCUUUCAACGCGCCCACGUCUGAAGCGAGGGACAAGAUAAACGCUGACUUGAAGAAAAACGGUGUGCUUGGUGGAGUAUGCGGGGAGACUGCAAUUCGUAUUCGACCGGCCUUGAUAUUCCAAAGGAAACAUGCAGAUAUCUAUUUAGACACUUUGAGGAAAACACUUAAAACAAUU